CUUACGCUCUUCUUUCAUGAUAUUUCAUUAAUUAUGUUCAACUCGUCGAAGUUACAAAGACGAGGAAAUAGCAAAAUGCGAAAGAAAUGGCGAUUGUUCCAAGCCACGGAUUUCGAAUCGUUGAUGAAUCCGUCUUUCACCUUUUGCCAGAUCCUUGGAACAUUUCCGUAUAAGAUCAAAGAUUCGACCUUCGAGAUUUCUAAACCACGUUAUAUUCUUUCGACCGUCGUUGUCUGUAUUGUCUUUAUUGGCUUAUUGACCAAUCUCUAUAUAUUUAAUAUUUGUGAAAGUUGUUGGAAGAUAUAUUUUAAAGGCGUACCCAGAAUUCUGGAGCGUGAUUUGUUUUUUAUACUCAGUAGCUUUAUAGCGAUUGUUACGUACAUAUUGAGCGAUCCGCGGAUGAGUUUGCUCCAAGCAAUAAUGAAGAUUUCCUUAAAAUUACCUUCAAAGUCACAUCAGAAGCUAUCCAGACUAAUUCAUACCAAGGACCUUUUAGGUUCCAUCUGUCUUCUUGUAGAAGUGCCGAUAUAUUUGAAAAUGAAUAUCCAUGUUGCAAUUAAGAUAUUCAUUCUAUACAUUAAUCUACUAAUAUUUCAGAUGGAUAUGUUGUAUAUGAAUUGUGUUUGUGUACUAAAGGCUUGUUUCAAGAAAAUCAACGAUGAUCUGGAAGACAUGCGGGAGCACAUGAUGAAAAAUGAGAAGGUGUAUCAUCUCGGCCGAAUAUACAAACAAAAGAGUUCAUUCUUACUGAUCAAACUAAAGGCCUUGAAGAAGCAAUAUAUAAUAAUUAGUAAUACAGUGCAAAUGCUAAACAUGAUUUUCAGUUUGCAGCUUCUCGCUACCAUAACUAUAACUUUUGGAGAAAUCACUUUCCAACUUUAUUUUCAUAUAUUGUAUUGGCACGACGGCACAACCAUGUUCAAAAUGGCUGAUAAUUUCUAUAGCACAUACUUGACGAUAUCCAUAACAUAUUACUUUAUAAAAAUCACGUUGAUAAUAUGGGCUUGUGAGACCGGUAAGAAUCAAGCUGUACAGAUUGGCACUACUGUUCAUGAUGUGCUUAACAGCACAGUCAAUAAUGAGAUCAAAGCCGAGUUGCAGUUGUUUUCCAUGCAAAUUUUGCAUCAUAAAAAUAAAUUUUUUGCAAAGGGUCUUAUUGUGGAUGCGACGCUUCUUACUGCAAUUGUGGGCAACAUCACCACUUAUUUAAUAAUCUUGGUGCAAUUUUUAACCAUGUCAAAUUUUUGCAAUAGAAAAAUUGCAAAUGUUACACAAAUAAUUCAAUAAAGUAAGAGGACAUAUAAUCGAAUAAGUAAAUAUUUA